AUGUCUGCUGUCUCCGAACAGAUAGCGCCCGACGAGGUGACUCAGCAACUUGAGACUCUUCAAAUUGAUCCCGCGCUCCCCAGGCAAUCCCAAGGAAAGCAGCCGCAAGGGGGCCAGCGGUCUCCCAGGCAGGCCGCCUCGGCCAAUGCGAGCCAUACGCAGCCGUACCAGCCAUACGCCCAAGCAUACACUCGUUACCCCCAGCAAUAUCAGAACCCAUAUCCGUCCUACGUCCCCUAUUCCCCAUAUGGCCCCGAGCAAUUGGGCUGGCGCCAGCCUGACUCUGAGCAACCCUCUCCCAUCAACCCAUCCAACCCUACUUUUGGGGUAUGGUCAAGCCCUCCUGUGAGCCCGGCUGUUGGAGCUCCACCACCGUUCCUUAAUCAACAGUCCAGACAUGGUUCAUUUGAUGCUGCUGGCAUGCCUGGGGGCAGCCCUGUCUACUUUGACAGCAGGUCUUCAUUUGGAGGGCCAGGGCCCGCCUGGCCAUACCCCGCCGCUCCAUCGCAUUUUGGCUACUACCCCUCUUAUCACCCAUCGUCAUCCCCCCUCGAGCCAAACAUGGCCCAGCCAUCAAAUUGGUCUGGGUCCCCUGCCACGCCCUACGGACCCGGUCCGAAUCAUAAUCGUGUCUCUGUGAGCAGCGCUUCACGGCCCAGCCCCACUGGCGGAGAUAGCAAAGAGCCUGAAAGGAAGCCUUACCAUCCUCAACCACCCUCUCGGCGCAGUGAUUGGGUUAUGUGGGUCGGCAAUGUCCCGAGCAACACAUCUCAUGAAGAGCUAUGGCACUUUUUCAACAUGACCGUCCCCAUUACCGACCCCAUCACAGAUACCGCACCUUGGCGCGGCCCUUCCUCCAUCUUUCUCAUAUCCCGCUCCUCGUGCGCUUUCGUCAACCUUUCCUCGCAAGCAGAACUCGACCGGGCUGUCGCUUUCUUCAACGGCAAGCCUCUUCGGCCUUGGGACGCCAGAUGCCCUCGAAUGGUCUGUCGUGUCCGGCGCAAGGAUGACGAUUUAAAGUCGGGCGUAGGGGCACAGCGCGGGACGGGUAUCCACCGGGACUGGGUGAAGAAGGAACAGGAGAAACAGCAGGUAGCGCCACAAGGGUUGGAACCGAUUGCCACGGCGGAAGGGCAGGUACCCGCAGUGUCUUUGGCCAACCCAGCCAUCUUGGAGUUGUCCGAGGAAGGCCGAAAGAGAGAUUCUUCAGGGAGCGAGGACGGAAAGAAGGCGUCUGGAAGUUAUGCGAGUACCACUUCAAGCUUUCUGAUCAAGCACUUUCCCCGUCGUGUCUUUAUUGUCAAGAGUUUGACAACAGCGGAGUUGGAGGAAAGUGUGCGAACGGGGACCUGGCGAACCCAGCGACAUAACGAGCCUAUCUUGGACCAAGCUUUCAGAACAUCACAAUCCGUUAUUCUGAUUUUCGGUGCCAACCGAGCCGGCGAAUUCUUUGGUUAUGCGCGGAUGGUUGAGCCGAUCGACAAGGAGCGAGCGAAACGACAACAGUCUUCAAUCAGUAGCUCAGCGCCCAUGCGAUCUGGCACCCAAGAGUCUAGCUUUUUCCUUACUCCUCAGCAGAGCCGGAUCACUGUCCUUUCUCCCGGUGAACUCCACUCUCGAGAAGACUCGUACUUUCACCCUAUCCACCGCAAUACCGACCCGCCAAAGAUCCCCAAUCAUGCCGCUGGCAGUAAUUCAAUGUCUCUGCAGGUCCUUGACGAGACACGGGCCCACACCUUUGAUCCCAAGACUCUGCAACGAGACUACUUUCCCUCGGUCACCCUUGCAAUGGCCCAAGAAGGUGGCGAUGUUCCCAAACAGUCGUCUUUGACGGUCGUCUCUGAGCCGCAGUCUGUGGAAGAUUUGCAGAGAAAGGAGACGUUGCCUCCACCCGAAGAGAAUGCGAAACGUGAGAAACAGAACGCCCAAGAAGAGUUUUCAGACGACGGAUGGGGACAUGCGUUCCGUAUAGAGUGGGUCAAGGUGGCUCCUCUGCCCUUCAACAAGACCCGUCACCUCCGGAAUCCUUGGAACGCGGAUCGAGAGGUCAAGGUCUCUAGAGACGGGACCGAGAUCGAACCCACUGUCGGCCUACAGCUGGUGGCCGAGUGGGACAAGCCCGAGAUAGCACCUCGCUUGCCUUCCAACGGCAGCAACCCUUCUUCAUCGAACCGUUAG